CUCCGCGCAAGGAACAGCAUCUGGAAAGCCAUGGGGCCUAGUCUCAUCUUCACCAUCUGCUCUUGUGUUCUUCUCAUAGCAGUGGUCUAUGCUACUCUUGAAGCAACUGGUAACCAUGACACCGAGCUCACUGAGGAUGCGAUCAGAGAAAAGCGAGGGCUAAGAGGGAGACAACGCCAUCGACACAGGAGCCACAGACAGGGUGAUGGAGAUGGUGAUGGAGGUGAAGAUGGAGAAGACAACGUUGGUAGUGUUAGGGGAAGAGGAGAAGGGCGCAGGCGAAGGCCUGGACGAGGCCGACGACCUGGUGGUGGUAGACGUGGUGGGAGAGGUCAACGUCGUACGGUAGAUCUAUCCAACAUGACUCAAAGAGCACAACGACUAAUCGCGGCCCUGGUUGGUGCACAGAACAGUUUCACAGCCAAUCUCCACAGGCAAGUUGGACAACCUGUUACAGACGUUGUGUACUCUCCGUUUAGCAUUCAUCAAGCAUUGACCAUGACAUACAUGGGGGCUAAUGGGGAUACAGCAAAUCAAAUGAAGAGAACACUCGCUUUACAGGGACUUGGACGACGCACGCGUCGAGCAGCAAAGAAAAUCAACAAAGUCAUCAGACGUUCUGGCAACGCUACCCUGAAGACAGCGAAUGGCGUGUAUGUGAAAGCAGAUUUGAAUGUUGUGGAUGAGUUUUCAGAUAGUCUGCGUGUAUUCUACCAGGCUAAUAUUUCCUCGUUUGACUGGGAGCACCCAGAUGGUCCAGAAGGUCCGAUUAACGAAUGGGUUUCUGAACAGACGAAUAAUCUCAUUCCAAACCUAGUGGCCCCGGGAACCAUAGAUUCGUUGACAGCUAUGAUUCUAGUCAACGCGAUCUACUUUAAAGCAAAGUGGAAGACGCCAUUUACACAAUCCCUAACAACUCAGCAGAUGUUCAGAAAGUCACGUACUGAGCAGGUGCCCGUUCAGAUGAUGCAAGUAGAAGGGAUGUUCAAGUUGGGCACUGUUCCUGGUCAUGCUGCCAGAAUAUUGGAGUUACCAUAUGAAGGUGACCGCUUCAGUAUGCUCGUGAUGCUUCCCAAUGAAAUCGAAGACCUACCCACACUGGAGAACGGGCUGACGGUAGAUCUUCUCGCCAGUAGGUUGGACACUGUCGUAGCUUCGGACUUGAAGGUAUAUUUGCCUCGUUUCAAACUGGAGACAGCAAUAUCAGUAAAGGAAUCUUUACAAAAUAUGGGGAUGACCAAUCCAUUCCUGGAGGGAAUGGCAGACUUCAGCGGCAUCGUGAACACCGGCCAACUGUACAUCUCUGAUGUAAUUCAUAAAGCUGUUGUCGACGUCAACGAAGUCGGAAGUGAAGCUGCUGGAGCCACAGGAGUUGUUAUGACUCUCACGUCACUUCGAAUAACGCCCGAGAUUCGCUGUGACCACCCCUUCCUCUUCAUCAUCAGAGACAACGUCUCCAAAGCCAACCUCUUCAUUGGCAAGUUCUCCGGUGGAGCCUGAAUGUGGAUUAUUCCAGGUCUCACGAACUGAUGGUAUUAGGUUGUUGUUGUUGUUGUUGCCACACUCAGCAAUGCCCCAGCAGCAUGGCGGGAUCGUAUUGUGACUCAACUUUGGAGCCAAACAUCAGGUGUUGCCUGAUAACACAUAUACACAAAUAAAGAAGUGUAUUUGGA